CCUCUUCCGAUUUCUUGCAUCAUUCACACCACCAGCCGCAACACCUAACUUCCCCUUCGUCACAGUCUAUUCCACUUCACUCUUCGUCAACUCGAUCGCAGCCAUGGGUUGGUUCUGGGCGGACGACCUAUCAAAGUUCGCACCCGCAGUCGUUGCGCCCACGAGCGCAGCAUGUCCCAUGCACAAACCAUCAGACUCGAACGCCGCACCAUUCCCCCCAAGACUAGACCAAACCUCCUCGACGACCUCAUCAUGUCCCGUCAAAUCGCCAAACCAUCCCCUCAAAUCACUGGCCAAUCCUCAGCCAUCCUCUGCCUCUGAGCAAGAACAACAACGACAUGCACCUCCCUCGACAACAACCUCAUCAUCAUUCAGCCUCUCCAAACUCAACCCGCUAAACUAUAUGCCCUCACUCUCCAAUGCCCGCCCAGCCGACUCUCCACAGCAGAUCGCCCUCCCGCUCGAACGAGAAAUAUCCUCCAUCCCGCGUGGCGACACCAACUCGAAUUGGGAAUACCCGUCUCCCCAGCAAAUGUUCAACGCAAUGUUGCGCAAGGGAUACACCGACACGCCCGCCGAUGCCGUAGAGUCGAUGGUCGCAGUGCACAACUUUCUCAACGAAGGCGCCUGGCAGGAGAUCGAGGAGUGGGAGCGGGUCUUCGGCAAGGGCUUCGGCCAUGCAUGGGAGGUCUGCAGUCGAGGCGAGCAGGGCAUCGCCCUAGACCGCGCCCGAAACGAGAUGCAAUCUGCUCGACGGCAGGCGCUGGGCCUGCUUGAUCCAGAUGAGGAAAUCCGACCCAGACUGGUCCGGUUUAUGGGCCGGCCUGGCGAUCCGACUCCGAAAGCACGAAUGCUGAGUUUCUUGGGCACGGUCAUGCCCGAAAAGUUCGGCCGCGAGCCUCCAUUCGACCGACAUGACUGGUAUGUGGCGCGCAAUUAUCCUGAUGGAAAGACACAAGAAGUCCGCUAUGUCAUCGAUUACUACAGUGGUGGCGUGCAAGAGACCGGCGAGCCCGUGUUCUACCUGGAUAUCCGUCCCGCCCUCGACACGCCCACCGCGGCAGUGGAACGAGCGAUGAGAUGGGGUGGUGAUGUCUGGCAUCGUGCCAGUGGUGGCGCUGCUAGGGUGGGCACGGAGCAGCAGUCGAGGAGCGAAAGGUGAACGACUCAUGGAAUACUCUGAUGAGAGAUGAUGAAGCAAGUCUUCUCUUUACUGGUCAUUCCCAAACGAUUGGAAACGUGAGAAUAUGGUGGUUUUCCCUCAGUUUCGUGGUCAGCGAAGCACGAGAUGCUGGGAGUUGCAAUGUCAAUAUGCAUGGCGUUCGUCAAUUCGACGUUUGUUGCCCCGGGCAAGCUUUUCUC